UAUGGAUAAGAAAACCAAGAGACCAUUUCAAGAAGGGCAAUCCGAAGUGCCCUCGCUUCCCUCCACGACGCCGCACGUCUUCCCCUCUUCCUCCCCCAUAUCCUCCCUUAAUGGCCCUCCUCUCCUUCUCCGGUCGAUGCUAUUGCCCUCUCCUUCUCCGCCUCCACCUCAACGACGACGGCGACGAUGACGAUGAAGCAGCAGCAGCAACAGCAGCAGCAGCAAACAGCACGGGCGGAUCGUCAUCAUCGUCAUUGCGGCGAGGAGGAGGAUGAGAAAUACGAGGAGGGGGAGGAAGAAGAAGAGCAGGAGGAGGCGGAAAGCGAGGGGGACGACUGCUUCUUCGAGUCCUUCGAUCGCGUCGCCUCGAGGGUCUCCUUCUGUGUCGACCUCCCUUCCGACUCGGAUGACGACGAGGAAGAUGACGUCCGCAUAUCCUUCGCCUCCGCCGUCGGCCCGCCCUGCGACCUCCGCUGCGUCACCUUCUCCCGAGAGGAGUUCCUUGCGCAGCACCGUGACGAGGACGAGGGCCACCACCAGGGAAGAGGACCCGGUGGCUACGACUACGACGUCUGGAUGGCCGAGCCCAUUUCCAUCAAGGAGCGCCGACGCCGCCUCCUCCAGGGCAUGGGCUUCGCCAGCAAGAGGGACCUCGCCGCCUCCCUACGGAUCCGCAGCAUCAGCCGGAAAGCCGUCGACGCCCCUGCCACCAACGGGGACCAAGCCUCGGAAUCGUUACCUCCGCUGCCGCCGCUACCGCCGCUACCGCCGCCGCAGUCGCCGGUGUCCCCGGAGGCGGUCGAGGUGGCGGCCUCUCCCGACACCUCCACGCCCCCACCGGCGAUCACCAGAUGCCGAUCCGACACGGAGCUGGCGACGAGGGGCUCGCCUCCGCUCGCCGAGCCCACCCUGACGCGUGCCGCCUCCGCCCCGCCCACCCUCUGGGACAACCUCGCGCGCGAAACGCCGGAAGCCGCCGGAGACGACGGAGUUGCAGGAGCGGACGAUGCGGAAGCCCUCGUGCUCGCCUCCGGUGAGGUCUGCCGGAUCGAGAAUCCCGACACGGGAAACGAAUUCGUGGUCAGCGAGUGCGACAAAGACGGGAAGGGUCGGCUCAACGACAUCCCGACCGGGCUGCAGAUCACCAUGGAGGACUUCGAGCGGUUCCUGGGAUACUCGCCGAUCGUCAAGGAGCUCAUGCGGAGGGUGAAACUGGGCGGCGGCCAGCAGCGCAGCAGCGACAAGGCCGUCCAAGCCAUUGAGGGCCCCAAGAACUCGAAACCGGGAUACAGAAAGAAAGGGGGCUGGUUCAAGAACAUCAAAUUCGUCGCGAGCUCCGUCACCGGGCUCAUCACGGAGAAGGAGAAGGGUGAUGCCGGGUCGAAGGUGACCGGAAAGUCGCCCGGUGACAACUCGUCGGAGCUGAUGAAGGUCCGUCAGCACGGCAAGUCCUACAGGGAGCUCACCGGCCUUUACAUGAGCCAAGAGAUCGACGCCCAUCAGGGCUCCAUAUGGAGCAUCAAGUUCAGCUGGGACGGCCGCUUCCUGGCCAGCGCCGGCGAGGAUCGCGUCGUUCAUGUGUGGCAAGUCCAAGAAUGUGACAUCCAUUCUACUUCGCUGCGGCGCCAAGAGAGUCGCACCCUUCCGCCAUCCAAACCCGAUGGAUCCCCGGAUGGGUCGCUUCCCAGCACUCAGCCCUUGAAGAAGACCAAGAAGACCAAGAGCAAAAAGCGGUCCCUUCCCGAUUACAUCAAUAUGCCGGAAGUCAUUUUCUCACUCUCAGAGAAGCCGGUUUGCUCCUUUGAAGGCCAUUCGGAUGACGUCCUGGACCUCUCUUGGUCUAAAUCUCAGCAUUUGUUAUCAUCAUCAAUGGAUAAGACUGUAAGACUAUGGGACAUGGAAACAAAGUCCUGCUUGAGGUUGUUUGCACACAAUGAUUAUGUAACAUGCAUCCAGUUCAAUCCAAUAGACGAUAGGUACUUCAUCAGUGGCUCUCUUGAUGCCAAGGUUAGGAUAUGGAGUGUACCAGAUCGCCAAGUUGUAGACUGGACUGAUCUCCAUGAGAUGGUCACGGCUGCUUGCUAUACACCAGACGGUCAGGGUGCUUUAGUUGGCUCACAUAAAGGGAGCUUCCGGCUCUACAAGACCACCGAUUGUAAGCUUUCCCAAGAAAGCCAGAUAGAUAUACAGAACAAGAAAAAGAAGACAAAUGCAAAAAAGAUAACUGGAUUUCAGUUUGCUCCGGGCAAUCCAUCUGAAGUGUUGAUCACCUCAGCUGAUUCACAGGUUCGGGUCUUUGAUGAUCUCAAGAUGGUUCACAAAUUCAGAGGUUUCCGGAACACCAGCAGUCAAAUGUCUGCAUCAUAUACCUCGGAUGGGAGAUACGUCAUAUGUGCGAGCGAGGACUCUCACGUAUACGUAUGGAAGCGAGAGGCAAACGCAGGCAAAAGCAAAGGCUUGAGCACCACUCGAUCCCACGAGCACUUCUACUGCAAGGAUGUGUCGGUCGCAAUUCCAUGGCCAAAUGCCCGAAGUAACUGUUCGCCACUAUCUCCGCCGCCCAUGUCCGGGAGGUUCAGCCAGCAGGAACCCCUAGGAAGCACCGACUCGCAGCGGUCCACCGCCACACUCGAUGACAUCUUCCCCAGCGGCAGUAACUCAUCCCCGCCUCUUCCCAAGAAGAGCGACUCGGAGCUGACACAGUCUCAAGCAGAGGAGCUCAGUAACAUAUCUCUCUCGGGCGCAGGGAUCGGCAGCGAGUCAUUUGCUUCAGCUUCCUCUUCCAUGCGGGCUUCGGAUCCUGGCUCAUCUUCCUUGUCCUCCUGGGGAUGGUACAGUGGAGGCAGUACCAGGAGCGGCGGGGGCGGCGAUCAACCGAACGCCUGGGGACUGGUGGUUGUCACGGCCGGUCUGGGUGGGGAUAUCAGGAUCUAUCAGAACUUUGGCCUGCCACUUCGCCUCAGCCGGCAAACCAAUCUAUUCUGAAUGAACCACACACUUCGAUUACAUUUCAGCUUAAGAAAAAGAAGAAACAAAAAAGAAUUCAGCUUUUGAUUCUUUGUUCUACUUACUUUAUUUCUUUUGCUGGUGAAGAUUCAGCAUUUGUAUUUUUGGGAUCUUGAGCAACAUCAAAUGCUAUCACCAGAUUUUUCUGGAGAGAUAUAGAACAUUA